GUCUCGAGGCGCUCCAAGCAGCGGCUGCGGCGCGACGGUGAGCCGGCUGGGUCCGAGACCCCCAGGGUAGUUUGAGCAAAGAAGAUGAUAUCUCCAUCCAGCAAAUGGCCACUUGGAGCCGUGUCAUUUCUGUCUUCCUCACUGUUGAUUCUCUUAAUUGUGUCAACUCCUUCCUGGUGUCAAAGUAGCGAAGCUACAUCUCCGAAAGCUAGUAAUGGGACACCAUUUCCUUGGAAUAAAAUGAGACUUCCUGAGUACAUCAGCCCGGUUCAUUAUGAUCUCAUGAUCCAUGCAAAUCUCACCACUCUGACUUUCAAGGGGACCACAGCCAUAGACCUCACGGUCAGCCAGCCCACCGCGGCCAUCAUCCUGCAUAGUAACCACCUGCAAAUAUCCAAGGCCGCCCUCAAGAAGGGAGCUGGAGAGCAGCGGUCCGAAGAACCCCUGAGAGUCCUGGAGCACCUGCCUCAUGAGCAAAUCGCACUCCUGGCUCCCGAGCCUUUGGUCGUUGGGCGCCCAUACACAGUUGUCAUUGAUUAUGCCGGCAAUCUUUCUGAGAGUUUCCAUGGAUUUUAUAAAAGCACCUACAGAACCAAGGAAGGGGAAGUGAGGGUACUUGCAUCAACACAGUUUGAACCUACUGCAGCCAGGAUGGCCUUUCCCUGCUUUGAUGAACCUGCCUUCAAAGCAAGUUUUUCAAUCAAGAUCAGAAGGGAACCAAGGCACCUCGCCAUCUCCAAUAUGCCAUUGGUUAAAUCGGUGACUGUGGCUGAAGGACUCAUAGAAGACCAUUUUGACAUCACUGUCAAGAUGAGCACCUACCUGGUGGCCUUCAUCGUUUCAGAUUUUAAGUCUGUCAGCAAGAUGACAAAGAGAGGAGUCAAGGUUUCCGUGUAUGCUGUGCCAGACAAGAUAAACCAGGCAGAUUAUGCACUGGAUGCUGCGGUGACUCUUCUAGAAUUUUAUGAGAAUUAUUUUAGCAUUCCAUAUCCCUUACCCAAGCAAGAUCUUGCUGCUAUUCCUGACUUUCAGUCUGGUGCUAUGGAAAACUGGGGCCUGACAACGUAUAGGGAAUCUGCUCUGUUGUUUGAUGCUGAGAAGUCUUCUGCAUCCAGUAAGCUUGGCAUCACGAUGACUGUGUCCCAUGAACUUGCCCACCAGUGGUUUGGGAACCUGGUCACUAUGGAAUGGUGGAAUGAUCUUUGGCUGAAUGAGGGAUUUGCCAAGUUCAUGGAGUUCGUGUCUGUCAGUGUGACUCAUCCAGAACUGAGAGUUGAAGAUUAUUUCUUUGGCAAGUGUUUUGAUGCAAUGGAGGUAGAUGCACUAAAUUCCUCACACCCUGUGUCCACACCUGUAGAGAAUCCUGCCCAGAUUCGGGAGAUGUUUGAUGAGGUUUCUUAUGAAAAGGGAGCUUGUAUUCUGAACAUGCUAAGGGAUUAUCUUGGUGCUGAUGCAUUUAAAAGUGGUAUCAUUCAUUACCUCCAGAAGUAUAGUUAUAAAAACACAAAAAAUGAGGACCUGUGGAAUAGCAUGGCAAGUAUUUGCCCUUCAGAUGACACACAAAGCGUGGAUGGCUUUUGCUCUAGGGAUCAACAUUCAUCUUCAUCCUCACACUGGCUACAGGAAGGCCUUGAUGUGAAAACCAUGAUGAACACAUGGACGCUGCAGCAGGGCUUUCCCCUGAUAACCAUCACCGUGAGAGGGAGGAACGUCCACAUGAAGCAAGAACGCUAUCUGAAAGGACAUGAUGAUGGCCCAGAGUCUGGGUACCUGUGGCAUGUUCCAUUGACAUUCAUCACCAGCAAAUCAGACUCAGCCCAUAGAUUUUUGCUGAAGACAAAAACAGAUGUGCUCAUUCUCCCAGAAGAGGUGGAAUGGAUCAAAUUUAAUGUGGGAAUGAAUGGCUAUUACAUUGUGCAUUAUGAGGAUGAUGGAUGGGAUUCUUUGACUGGCCUUUUAAAAGGAACACACACAGCAAUCAGCAGUAAUGAUCGAGCCAGUCUCAUUAACAAUGCAUUUCAACUUGUCAGCAUUGGGAAGCUACCAGUUGAAAAAGCCUUGGAUUUAACCCUGUACUUGAAAAAUGAAACUGAAAUUAUGCCCGUGUUCCAAGGUUUGAAUGAGCUGAUACCUAUGUAUAAGUUAAUGGAGAAACGAGAUAUGAAUGAAGUGGAAACUCAGUUCAAGGCCUUCCUCAUCAGGCUGCUGAGGGACCUCAUUGAUAAGCAGACGUGGACUGAUGAGGGCUCCGUCUCAGAGCGGAUGCUGCGGAGUCAGCUCCUGCUCUUCGCCUGUGUGCGCAAGUAUCAGCCCUGUGUGCAGAAGGCAGAAGGCUAUUUCAGAGAGUGGAAGGAAGCCAAUGGAAACCUGAGAUUGCCCAACGAUGUGACCUUGGCAGUGUUUGCCGUGGGAGCCCAGACCACCGAAGGAUGGGAUUUUCUUUAUAGUAAAUAUCAGUCUUCUUUGUCCAGUACUGAGAAAGAACAAAUUGAAUUUGCCCUCUGUGUUAGCCAAGAUAAGGGAAAGCUUCAAUGGCUACUAGACCAAAGUUUUCAGGGAAAUGUAAUAAAAACUCAAGAAUUUCCUGGUAUUCUUAGACGUAUUGGCAGAAACCCGGUGGGAUAUCCAUUGGCCUGGCAGUUUCUGAGGGAAAAAUGGAAUAAACUUGUAGAAAAGUUUGGACUUGGCUCAGCUUCUAUAGCCUACAUGGUAAUGGGAACAACAAAUCAAUUCUCCACAAGAGCGCGGCUUGAAGAGGUAAAAGGAUUCUUCAGCUCUUUGAAAGAAAAUGGUUCUCAGCUCCGUUGCGUCCAACAAACAAUAGAAACCAUUGAGGAAAACAUACGCUGGAUGGAUAAGAAUUUUGAUAAAAUCAGAGUGUGGCUCCAGAAUUAAAAGCUUGAAAUGCUGUAGCAAGUCAUUCCUUAUUGUACCUGUGAUUUAUAAUCACCAAAACUCUGUUGAAUGUGAAUAUUUUCACACUGGAGAUGGCUGUUCUGGCUCCCCCUGAACAUACUUCCUUUUCCUUCAACUUAUUCAUUUGGACCCAUCCUUUGAAAAGUCUGGCUGUUAACUUUUUCCUCAGUGGGUUAUGGCUCGCAUGUAUCUCACUUACAGGUGUUGCCCCCAGUGUCAACCCCGAGUGGUGGGCUCCCCACUGUCAAAGAGUAGGGUACCUCAUUCUUCUCAUUUUAUAUUUUAUGCUUAAGCUCCAGAGUCUCCAAAUCCUUUCUCCCCAAGUGUUUGUCAUUCAUAAGCAGUUUUGUUAGCCCCUCUAGCACUUUGCACAGUGGAGACUACUGACAACAACCCCCUGGAUCAGCGACAAGCCUGGCUGGUCCGCUUUCUAACCUUCUCUUCCUUGCUGCAUGCCAGGGGCAGACUUGUAGGGCCACGUUGCCAGGCUUCCUUGCCUUCUGGCUUGUGGCCAGUCUCUCAGAAGGGCAGAUGGGAGCCGGGGUGGGAGGGAGGAGAUGGGUGUUUACUGCUAGUUCCCUUGCAGGUUGCCGUAGGUUGGCCUCCACGAAGGUCUCAGCUGUGGGUGGUGGCCUUCUUUCCCACACAGCCUUCCCCAUCUCUGUUCUAGUGACUGCUUCCUUUUCUCACCCCUUCGGGACGAAAGAUGAAGUGGCAGCCUGGCUUUUACUAGUCCUGGCUAUACUAUAGUUUCCAUACAGCAGCUACCUUCGUUUAAAAACGAAGCCCCUUUUAUGGAACCCUCCUCAAAUAAUCCUAAUGUGAGUGUGUCAUCUGUUUCCUCAGGGACCCUGACUGAUAUAGUAUCCCUUCUGAAACAGCAGGUACAUUCAGGUCUAGAGGAGAAAGCUUCCAUUUGAAGGUGAACCUGAGAGCUAUUGAUCCUUAGGUAGGUGGUGCUGCUUCUCUCUGCUUGUUAUUUGGCCUAGUUUGUAAUUCCUGAACAACUCACUGCAGUCUCCAGUAAAUGAUAAUGUAUUGUGAAACUGAAAAUACUUGUUUCUAUUACUCUAAGUGAGAAGUCUUUUAUGAGGUUUUUAAUAUACUGCAGAAUUUUCAAGAGAAAGGAAUAUGAUAUGAAAAAUGUCAAAAUGUGUUCUGAUGCACUAGGGAUAGUAAUUUUUCAGGAUAUAAAUGUGUUUAUAAUUCCAUUUUUAUACACAUUGCAUGGUUUAAUGUUUUGAGAAAUAAAAACAGAAACAAAUCCCUGGUAAUUUCCACCCUUACGUAUUUUCCUCCUAAAAAAAAAU